CCCAGGCACGGGCUCCUCGGCAGCGUGCGUGCGUUGGGGGUUACUCGGGAGGAAUAUCCUCUCCUGGUGAAAAGGGGCGGAGGUGAAAUAAUCGGGACUCUGCGCCUCCCUAAAAAAAGGCAGAAAACGGAGGGUUCGGGUUAAGGCUGCAGUCCCAAGAACACGCGGGGGAGUAAGCCCCACAUAACUCGGUGGGCUUACUCCCGAGUAAAUGUAUAUGUGAGGGCAGUCCUGCAAAGGCUGCGCUCUUGGGCAUACUUACUUGGGAGGCAGAAACAUGAACAACAUCGGGCUGCAUACCCUGUGAUGAUCCGCAACAAAGCUUCUUUUGCUCGGAAGAAGCCCCAGUGGGAGCUAAUUUCCAGGGAAGCGUGUACAGGAUUACAAUCCGAUCCUCGCGUGUUUGCUCAAGUUCAGGGAGGCUCUACUCUCAAGUUUAUCUUGAGGCUUGGGAAAAGAGAACACCCAUUUAAUGUCUUGAAAACCUUAUUGUCCAAGUAACUGGAGAGCCUGGAGAUGGAGCACUAACUGAAUCUUGUGAAGAGCUGCCAAAAAGCCUUUGGAAGCAAGUGCACGUUCUGGAGUGAGCAAAGAACUGAGCAGACUGUCUUGUUUUGCUUGACAGAUCUUGCUGCUAAAUAUAUAUGUGCUGAAGAUCUUAUCUCCCCUCACACACCUCAUUUUAUGCAUUUUGGCCAGUCAUGGCUGGGGAACUGUAUCUACUGCUCCUUUUAUUGUUUUGUGGGAGAACGAUUUCCAAAGUGCAGCCUUUAUAUCAACUGCCUUCUGAAACUCUGGAUUUUGGGUUUGUCCCUGCAAAGACUUAUGAUACCAGUACAUACCACGAACCUGGAGCAAUAGGGAUUCUGUUUCGAACAGUCCAUGCAUUCCUCUACUUAGUACAGCCAAAUUAUUUUCCUCAAGAUCUCAUAAAAAAGCUAGCACAACAACCAUUUGGAAGUAUGCCGGGUGACUAUCAAAAGCCAGAAAAUGUUGUCCUGACUCUUCAGGCAGUUUACUAUGAGAUCGGUUUUGUAGUCUCUGCUGCUCUGGGAAUACUGUUUGUUCUGUUGCUGCCUUUAGUGGGGCUUUGCUUCUGCAUGUGUCGUUGCUGUGACAACUGUGGUGGGGAAAUGCACCAAAGACAGAAGAAAAAUGCUGACUGUCAGAGGGGCUGCUUUGCUACACUUCUUUUCGUUGUUGCUUUAAUAAUCAGUACUGGUGUGGUUUUCGCUUAUGCUGCUAACCAGCACCUCACAAGUCAAGUCAGAGGAGCAAAGAAACUGGUGAACAGUAAUUUCAAAGACCUGAGGACUUUGCUGAAUGAUACACCUGGGCAAAUCGACUAUUUGGUGAGUCAGUAUAACACUACCAAGAAGAAAGCACUUUCUGAUCUUAAUAAUGUUGGGCCACUGCUUGGCAACAGAGUCCAAGAGCAGCUGGGAAAGGAAGUGCGACCUGCACUUGAUGGAGCCCUAACCAUGGCAGGAGCUAUUAGAGAAACAAAGGAGGCACUGGAGAAUGUGAGUGUAUCCGUGGAAGUCUUGCAGGAGGGUACUGAGAGGCUGCGUGCUAACCUAACAGAAGUUAAAAGACAUCUGAUCAACACACUCAAUGAUACUGCUUGCACAGCUCUCCAAGCUGCACCAACCUGCAGUGUCGUCAGGAAAUCCUUAGAUCAGCUAAACAUCAAUGCCAACUUCAGCAGGUUGCCAGGAGUGAAUGCUCAACUUGCCAAAGUCAAUGAGGUCCUUAAAACAGACCUCUCUAGUCUGGUUCAAAAGGGCUAUGCAGCAUUUAAUGAUACUCCUGAUUUGGUACUCAGUCAAACGAGGAACGUUUUAUCAGAUAUAAAAAAUAUACUGGAAGCUGUUGGUUCAAAUAUCACAGCCUUUACUAAAACGCUUCCCAUCAACAAUAUACUAGCAAACCUCAGAUUGCAUCUUACACAGAGUGAGGCAUAUGUUCAAGAUCAUUUUCCAUUAGUGGAGCUGUAUGAUUUCUACAGGUGGCUGGGUUGCUUACUUCUCUGCUGCAUGGUGAUAUUGAUCCUUGUGUUUUAUUACCUGGGACUUUUUUGUGGUACCUGUGGCUAUGACAGAAAUGCCACUCCAACAACAAGAGGUUGCAUCUCAAACACUGGAGGAAAUUUCCUGAUGGCUGGAGUUGGAUUCAGUUUCCUUUUCUCCUGGGCUCUGAUGUUAAUAGUAGUGGUAACUUUCAUUACGGGAGGCAAUGUGGAGAAGCUUGUUUGUGAACCAUUUGAAGACAAGACUUUAUUCAAAAUUUUGGACACACCUUACUUGCUGAAUCACCAAUGGAAACACUAUCUAUCUGGCAUCAUUUUAAAAAAUCCAAGUAUCAACUUGACAUUUGAAAAAGUGUACAGUGACUGCAAGGAAAACAAAGGCAUUUAUUCUACACUCCACCUAGAAAACCUUUUCAAUAUCUAUGAAAUUCUGAACGUUAGUAUGUAUGCAGAAGAUGUAUCGCUUAAAAUCAAGUAUAUUAACAUAAAUCUAAGCAAUAUAGUUCUGCUUGAUGAAACAGGAAAGGAGAAUCUGAUGAAUUUCAGUUCCUCAGGAAUAAAUGAGAUAAACUUUAAAGCAUAUCUGUCAGAGGUCAAUAAGAGUGUCACCAAAGUGGAUCUCUUGUCUUUUGCUAAUGAUUUGGAAGCACAAGCAGACCAACUGCCCAAAGGAGCAUUAGAAAAUGCCUUGAAAGGACAUGCAAAUAGUAUUCGGAUGAUACAUAAUCAACAAGUUGUUCCAUUGGAACAGGCAAUGAGCACUUUAAACCAGAGCAUAAGGUUACUGCAGAAAACAUCAUCAGAACUUCCAGAGAAAGUGAGAAGUGUGAUUACUGCUGUUAAUGCCGCACAACUUCUUAUAAACAACAACGCUUCAUUAGUUGUUAUUCAGGAAACUAAAAAAUAUAUGGAUACUAUAAUACGUUACUUUGAGCAGUAUGCUGAAUGGGUGAUGGAAUCGAUUACUAUGGAAGUGGCAACAUGCAAGCCCAUUGCCAAUGUGAUUGAUACCGCUGUAGAUAUAUUUCUAUGCAGCUAUAUAACGGAUUCUCUGAAUGCAUUCUGGUUUGGUUUGGGAGGCUGUUCGGUAUUUCUGAUUCCUGCCAUCAUUUGUGCUGUAAAACUAGCCAAAUUCUACCGUAGGAUGGAUACAGAAGAUGUGUAUGAUGAUGUUGAAACUAUGCCCAUGAAAAAUUUGGAAAAUGGUAAUAAUGGUUAUCAUAAAGAGCAUUUAUAUGGUAUACACAAUCCAAUUAUGACAAGUUCUGUGGAACAGUGGUAGUGCAUACUGGAAAUGUUAAGGCCUCUGCAAAUAAUACUUUCAAUGCUCCUCUGGGACGCACAACAUCUUUCCAGUCAGUGUCAAAUUCUGAAUUCUGAGCCAUCUUGUUUGGGACCUGUACGGUAAACUAAUUUCAAACUGAAAGAAAUACAGAACCAUAUGCCAUAAAAUGCCAGGUGACCAGGCCACUCAGCAUCCUUUCUUUUUUUGCUAUUCAGUACCAACAAAACAUGGAAUUAGCAGCUUCCAUUCUUCCACGAGUUUCUGUCUCUUCUUAAUUUACUUCUUAAUUUGCUGUAAACAGAAAUGCCUGUGUUUAUCUUCAUUUUUGUUUUUCGCUUCAGAUUAACUGCCCAGUCAAAAUUACACAUUUGUUAUAAUGUUCAGAGAUGUUAAUAUAGUAUAUGUAAAUAUAUGUUUCCAUGAAGAAUACAUCCUGUGUACAGACACUUUUUUGUAUCUUUUUUUACAGCUAUCUUGCAGUAGGUUUUUUUAAAUACUCUUUGUUAUACUUCACAAGCAACCUGUUCAGCAUGAUCAGCUGUUGGCUGGCCACAUUUGACUGUAAAAUGUAUGGAAACCUGCAGUAUCUUUUGUGUUGUCUUCAGACAAGUUAAUGUAAUUGACAGCUUAUUCUUCCGUGUUUCUGAAUUAUUUAAUAUACACUGUCAUAAGAUCAAAAGCAUAUUUUUCUUCAAAGUAGUUGACUUUUUUAAAAAAAAUCCUGGACAAAUGUGCAAUGGGAAGAUAUUACAAGAUCAGGAAGAUAUUACAAGAUCUUCCUUGUAACCUAAAUAAUCAUAGUAAAGUAUAAGAUAUGUUGAAAGGACCUAUUCAGACUGUCAGCAGAUUUCAUACCUUACCGCCAAACUACGCACUCACUGGCCUACCUUGAUGUAACACCUAAAUGUAGCAAAUGUCCACACAUGCCUAAUAUGCAUAAUCAUUAUUUUUGUACACACCUUUUUUGAGAGGGGAAGAUUGUACUGAGCGUAUGUGUGCAUGGGGAUGUCUAUCUGUUGACCUCAUUUAGAUGUUACAGCAGCGUGGACAUGAGGGGGAGCUGGCCCAUAAGCCCAUGCCCACAAUGCAGUCAGUUCACUCAAUUUGCCAAAGGUGUGACUAGGUCCAAUAUUAACAUGCUACGGUCCUGUCAAGGUGUUUAUAGGUUUAAUGUGUAAACUGUGUUUUUUUAAAAAAUAAUUAGUUAUAUUUUGUUUUUAAAAGUAAAGUAUUGAAUUUGCAGGAAUAUUUAGAAGUUGUGCUCCACUGCCUUUUUACUUGGCUGUAAAAGUUGUGAAUAGGAUUGAUUUGCACAACUAAU